CCUAUUGUUCCACCUCCCACCUUUCGACUCGUUGCUCCCAUAGCUCUAAUCACGAUUCCUCAAGAUGCGCGUUACUCCUGCUCUACGCAUGCAAGCGACCCGCGCUCUGCGGGGAGGCCAUGGCCCGGAUCCAAAGAAUGGAAUAUACUUGGGUAGCUGGGGAAAUCUAGGAUCCCCAGCACAGAAAGGAAUCGUUACAUAUGCCCUGUCUCCCAAUCGACAGAGCCCCAUGGCUGGAGCCAUGUACAAUGCCGUCUUCAACACAUACCGCCGAACAUAUCACCAGAUUCUGUACUGGCUUCCUCCCCUGGUCCUCGCAUAUGUAACGAUGGAAUGGGCCACCGAGAAAAACCAUUACCUCAACUCCAAGCCUGGAAGAGCUGAAACCGCCGAAAAUGAAGAAUAGAUGGCCAACAGAAGCUGAGAAUGGUCGCAUAAGGCGUCUGAAGAGGGCCACUGGGGCUGUGGCGUUGUACAUACAAUAUCCAAGAAUUGCGAAUGGUAUCAAUUGACCUAUGGACGUGCAGGAAACAUCGUAUGAAGUAGUUGUAUCUGGUCUUGCACUGUUCAAAGCAGCUUGAACCACACCAGUUGAUUGGGAGGAUGUAAAGCCGAUUGUCCUCAAAGCGCCCCAGGCUUGCCAUACACCAAUCAUCGUGAAUCGUGUGACCGUGAACGCCAAAUAUGC